UGGCGCCGAAUAGUCUGCAGUAAUGUUGCUGUGGCUCAAAGGCUGCUGGGAAAUUUCCUCUCAGGAAGUAUUCUAACAUCACAUACAGCAUCCAUCACAGAGGUCACAGACUGGCGUUUGGCUAAACGUUAACAGAGUUGCAGGGACCUUCUUAACAUGGAGGAUGUAAGUGCAGUGAUGUCCUGGUUCUCCAGCCCCGCGUACAGCCGCUACUGGCAACACUACCAGCAGGCCAUGGCCUGGCAACAGAGGCAAAGGCGCGCCUACCGCAAGGCCUUGGAGGCCGCCUACGGCCCCGGCAGCCACCAGGGGCGGUUGCCCAGCAGCCGGCAGCGCUAUGCAGACUGGCACGCCAGAGGGAGCAGCCAGGGGGACGGGCACGAGGAGAGCAGCUCGGACAGCGAGAUCGAGUGUGACGUAAGCAACAUGGAGAUCAGCGAGGAGCUGCGGCAGUACUUCGCCCAGUCGGAGAGACACCGAGAGGAGCUGAAGAAGCAGCAGCAGAUGGAGGAGGAGCGGGACAGCUACGUGCCUGCCGACCAGGACCUGCACGGCGUCACCUGGCGCAGCACGGCGGCUCCUCCCUCCGAGCGGCCCGGCGAGCGGCGCCGGGCCGAGAUGAAGAAGCUGUAUGGCGAGGACUCGCCCAAGAUCCUGGCCAUGGAGGCGGCGAUGCAGCUCACAUUUGACAGAAACUGUGACCGCAAGCAGCCCAAGUACUGGCCCGUCAUCCCGCUGAAACUUUGAACCGGUCUGUCUCUCACUGGGACGGCAGCUCUGUCAUGUGAUGGGUCGCGGCCGACCCAAGUUGCUGAUGCAGAACCAAACGGUUUCGGUUUAGCUGAGGGCUGAGGAGUUAUUUUAAGCACUAAAAAGUUGCAUAAAAUUUGCUUCUGCUUAGAAAGACGCGAAUGUCACUGACCCGUCAGCUGCUGCUCCAAAUGAACACGCAUGGUCGUGAUAAUACGUACACGCUGGAUCUUGUGUUGAUUUUAAUUUAUUGCAUUAAUAUGCUGACACACGUUAAAGCCCUCUUGUCAGCCCCUUGAUUUUAGGUACAAGUACAGUGUAACUGCCCCCACUGGUGAUGUAAAUAUAUUCAAACGUGCGUGUUUCCCCCUGAUCUGUUUUUGUUUCCUUCCAGCACGGUGAUGUUUCAUGCCGCAGUAGCUCCUCUCAUGCCUGUCGACUUAGCUAAACCACCGGCCCUCUCUGUUCAGAUCCGGAAGUGUUCCUGCAUGGCUGCUUCUCGUAUUCCGCUCUUCCACACACGAUUCGUUGUUGUUACUUCUAAACUGUGCCUCUGACGCCGACAUUUCACCAGGUUCAAAGUCGUGACGUGUGGUUCAUCCGCAGGCGACGUUGACUAUUCUUUCAUCUCGCACUUACUCCACCCUGCACCCAUUUUUUAAAAAAAAUAUAUAAAUUCUGUUCAUAAUAAAGUGUUAUGUUUGGAUAAAA